GCCUAAGCGAGGGUGUUGUUUCUAAACUUUUAGUUCUAAGUCAAAAGGUCAAAAAUGGCAGCUGGUCUUUUAAUAAUACUGAAAUUUGCUUCAAUUUUAAAAUCGUAACAUAUAUGGUGCUUGAUGAAAUAUUACUGUAACAGCAAAACGCUUGCCUUAACCCUUAAAUAAAUUGUAUUUAAUAAGUGUUUUAGUGUCAAUAUGAAGAUAAACGCUGUCAGAAUGACAACACCAAUUGAAGAAAAAGUUGAUCAAAAAUUGAAAGUUAGAACCGGAAUGGUCAGUGUCAGUGAUGGAAAAAGUAGACCAAUUCCAGUACAACUUCAUCUAUCCAUGGAGGUUUUACGGUUACAGAAAGAAGAACCACUACCUCCAGAAGCUAAGCCUCAGAAUCUUAAUGCUAAGGAAAGAAUGGUUCAGAUCAGGAGGCAAAAGAUUGGGGGACUUGGGCUUAGCAUCAAAGGGGGAGCUGAACAUAAACUCCCUAUUUUAAUCUCUCGAAUCUACAAAAAUCAAGCUGCAGAGCAGACUGGGGAAUUGUUUGUUGGGGAUGCUAUUAUAAAAGUGAAUGGUGAAUACAUAACAGCUUGCCCUCAUGAUGAUGCAGUUAAUAUACUGAGAAAUGCUGGAGAUCUGGUUGUUUUAACAGUAAAACAUUAUAAAGCAGCUACUCCGUUCUUACAAAAACAAGGUAUAUACAUUUUAUGUAAUCACAGAUUUUAUAUUUUUUAUAUCUACCAAUACAAUAUGUGCCCUUACUUCUUUGGAACAUCUGGCCCCCUUAUCUCUUCCAGUCCAUAUUAACAUCAGAAAAUAACAAAGUUUCAUCCAGAUCAUCGAUUCCCACAGAUUCUGAGGAUACAUCUUAAUAGCAGUAGAACUUUGCCUUGCUAAUUUGUCAUUUUUAUCUGUUGUUACAACUGAAUGAAAUUUGAUACACUUCUUGUUUUCACCGAAAUAUGAGUUUUCAUGGAGACUGCAGAUACACAAAGAUUUUUAAAAUUUCCUCACAAUAUAUAUUAUAAUAUCCAAAGCAAAUGGCAUACAGAAUGUCCAUUCUCAUUAUGUGUUGCAACAAGUGAUCAAAACCUGGCGUGCAUUAGUAAUUUGAGGCACUGAAUUUGAUUAUGACUAAUGUCUAUAGAGUCGCGGGGCGCUGCAUUUGAAAAUGGACUUCAAAAAAACUAUCGUUUGCCGAAUUUGAGGUAUAAAGUGAGCUGC